GAGCUCCCCUUGCGGCUACGGCCUUCUGCAGCCCGCCCCGCGGCCGGGCAGGGUACGGCAGCGCCGGGAGCGGCCGAUGGCGCCGGUGCGGUGCCGGAGAGGCCUCCUGCCCCGGCACUACAACACCCACAGUGCCCCAGCGCAGCGCUGCCGGGCGGAGGUGGUGGGGCCGCUCCGCCGCCGCGCCCGGGGGAUAGCGACAGCGGCAAGUAUGGGGCCGGAACGGGUGUGUCCCGAGGAGCCGGGGCCGCCGGAGGCCCCCAACGGCUCGGCGGGCUGGAGCGGCGAUGAGGAAGAGGAGGAGGAGGAAGGCGGCGGGUAUUUGUACCAGCCGCUGAGCCAGGAGCCGGAACAGGGCCCCGGCGAGGCAGGCCCUCCCGCCGCCCCGGCGGGCCGCACCGAGUCGGGCCCCGACCUGCAGGAGCGGCUGCAGAUGAUGAGGCUGUACUUGCCCGACCCGCCGGCCGACAGCGAGGAGGAGGCGGAGGAGGAGGCGGCGGCGGCGCAAGGCGCUGUGGCUCCGAGCAGCCGCAGCUCCAUCCCCAUGGAUGCAGAGCAUGUGGAACUGGUGAAGAGGACUAUGGCCGGCGUCAAGCUUCCCAGCCUGGGCAUUCCCGCCUGGGCCAGCCAGAUCUCGGAGGACCAGUGGAAGGCCGUGGUGCAGCGCACGCUGCAGGCCCGGCAGAGCCUCGGCGGCUCCGCUCCCGAGUGGAAGUGAGGGCCGAGCUGCGGCGCGGGGGCUGCCCAAGCCGUCCCUCCGCUGCACCGACAGGGCAGACGCCUGCUGCCCUGGAGCCCGGCGGUGACAGGAUUUGCUGGCAUCCACCCUUCAGUCUGUCCCACUGACAUUACCUGGCUUCCCUUCCUGCUCCUCUUUCCCGGUUCCAGCUGGUGUGUAGCUUGCCGUGUUGUCCUUGUGUUGGCUUCCUCUGCCUGCGAGGAACCCAGCCGGGUUCCACACCUGUGUGUGUCUGGAGGGUCGGGUCUGGGCCAGCUUUGCCCAGUUUCCCUUUGGACAAACACUGGAUUUGUCUGUGCUGGAGAAGUCCCUCUCCACGCUAGGGCCCCUCUUCCAGGGCAGGGACUGUGCUGGAGCAUCAGGUGGAGCCGAGUGUUGUCUUUCCAAGAGAUUGUUUUUAUUUAGUUCUGUACAUACAGGGACAUCUGUACAAAAUCCAACACUUUCAUACUAUGUAAUGCUCUACUGAAAAUAAAGUACACCAUAUGUACAUAUGAA